AUGGUGAGGGAAGGAGCCAAGCAACAGCAGACAACAUCUACUUCUGUACGACUGAAGUGGCCAGAAAUACUCUUUCCUACGUACUCCGUGCUCCGUAUCUCUCAACUGCACUUGUCGAUAGCGCUCGAAGAUGGACUUGACGCAGGACGGCUGUGCCUGGCAGAGUCUCAGAAGUCGACAGCGCGGCGCAGGACCAACACGCAAGCGACACGCAGGAACAUCAAAGCGGAUACAGAAUACGUGCCCUCUGCAUAA